AUGGUACGGCGCUGCAGUGCGCUCGAGACUUGGCGAGGUUGCGAUGGCCCCACCCAGCGUCUCUUCCACGAGUUCCUGAUCGACGGAUUCUCCCAUGUCGAGAUCGACCGACUCAACUACCUUCGCUCUCAUCAAGAAAACCUGCGCCUCGCCACGGCCGUCUAAGGCUUGACCCUGGAUCAAAUUAGACGUUCGGUAGCAAGUUUUUAUAAUCAGGCUCGACGCUCAAGAAUAGCCGCGCAAAAACUUACGCAGCGUUGCCAAGAUGCGAUGGCGUGCGACAUCAAACAUGGAAAGCUUUCGCUUUUUGUCACGGUGACGUGCAACCCCGAGUGACCGGAAGUCAAGGUUGCAUUGGGGCCGAACGACAAAGCAUGCAACGGCCCGGAUCUCAUUGCACGGGUGAUUGAAGCCAAGUUGAACCGACUCGGCGACGGCGUUUUGGGCAACAAGCAAAGGGCAGGCUGUUUCGGCGUCGUUCUGAGGCAGACAUGUCAGAGUAUCAAAAGCGGGGCUGCCGCAUGCACAAACACUCAACACCUUCGCGCCGGACGAUCCUCCUUUGUCGAAAGAAGCAAUCGACAAGAUGUUCUCGGCCGAGAUACUCGGUCCUUCGCGCUAUCCAGAAUUCCACGAGACCGUCACAAAGCAUAUGCUGCAUGGACAGUGUGGCCGAAACCCGACUCAGCCCUGCACGUAA